AUGGGAACAAAGGUACAGUGCUACAUGCCAGGAUAUUAUUACUCAAUGAGGGAUCUUAACGAGGACUCUAGCAGUAAUAGCUGGCCCGUAAGUUAUGGGGAUAAUAAGGCCAUGGCAAACGGGCAAUAUCAUAACGGGUUUGUUCAGAAUGUCUCAACAGACGGUUAUCUUGGGUAUGGCAAGGAUGCUUUGAAGCAGAAAAUGCUUGAACAUGAGGCAGUUUUUAGGAGUCAGGUUUGUGAACUCCACCGUCUUUACCGAAUUCAAAGGGAAAUGAUGGAAGAAUUGAAAAGGAAAGAACAACACAAACUCCGAGUAUCGACUGAGCAAUCAUCGUCCUCGAGCCGUAGAGGAUCUCAAGAUCCUCGUAAAUGGCACAUGGCGGGCUUCCCACUAUUCAACGAAAUCGAGAAUUCACCCAUGAGUUGUACCAAAGGGUACAGCAUCACACAGCCCAGCAGUCACUCUCCUUUCCACAGCAUUCCUUCUCUUAAGGAACCCGAGAGGCCCUUGAAGUUAAGGAAAAAGCUGUUUGAUCUUCAACUCCCGGCAGAUGAAUAUAUUGACACAGAGGAGGAGGAAGGCAAAGUAUCUGACAUGUUGAGUCAUUCUCCUUACACGAAAGGUGGACGACGUGAAAUUAAGAAUUUGUCCCUCGGCGAUCGUGGAAUUAAGUUGGCCGAUUUAAAUGAGCCGUUUGAAGUUGAAGAAUCUUUGGGCCCAUCUACUGUUGAUUUCCUUGAUCGUAAUGGGAAGAAAAAAGGCGAGAGUCGGCUUGAUAAGUCGGAUGCGGGUUAUUUUGGUGAAAAUGAAGAAAACCGACGCAUUUGUGACGGGUUUUCUGUUAAGUCGUGUGUUGCAAGUUCAAGUAAAAGCAACCUCAGUUUUGCAACUCCUGGUCCUCAAAAAGAAAAGAUGCCAAUACUCUCUCAUCCAGCUACAGGCAUGCCUAACCGGGCUCCGGGUUCGGGCCCAUUCUUUAGUUCUUGCUUUUCCAGUUCACAGCCCCAUUCAAGUGAUCUUCAGCUACUCAACCCAAGCUCAAACUCAAAUCUCAUUUCUGGAUGUAACAUAACUGCAAAGAACGGAUUUUAUCACGGGUCGUCCUCAAAAGCAAAUCACUUUCCGGGCUUUGAUCACCUUAACUGCAGUAGUAGGGCUGCUAGUAAUCGGUCGACCAAUCGAAUAUUUGGACAGAUUCUUCAAAACCCAUCUCGUCUCGAGAACUCAAAACCCGUAAUAUAUAUUGACUUAAACGAGGAUGAAGAUGGAAGUAAAAGUAAGCAAACUUUGCCUUGGCUUACGGAUCUCAAUCAACCGUCGAAUGACUUUGAAGUUUCGAAUACGGAAAAGAUAGAAAGUGCCAAGAAACUUAUGGGAUUCCCCAUUUUUGAAACGGACGAGCCACAAAAUGCGCCACCUGUCAUCGACUGCACUAAAAAUGUCGAUACAGAAAAUAAAAACCGGGCGAUCGACCUAAAUUUGGAGUGUGAGCUCGACGAAGAUUCACCAGUCGAUAUCCGAACUGCUGAGAAGGGCAAAAUGGGGAUGAGGGGUCCGCUUAUCGAUCUGAACUUCUGCGAUAGCAAUUUUAUCGAGGAACACGACGUUGAGACAGCUCUCGAGAACACGGACGACAUUCGAUUAUCACGAACUGAAAACGAGACGUCAAACGAUGAACUCCUCAGGAACGCGGCUGAUAUCAUGGUCGCCAUCUCGUCCUAUAAUCCCCUGGCUGAGUCUCUCAUGUGGCUCGCGGGCCUGCUUGAGGCCCAUGGGCCCGACGUGCCGGGGCCUGGCCCACCGCAUGGAGAGAUUGAUGAUUUCGAGGCCAUGACAUUGCAGAUAGAGGAGAGCAAGGAGGAGGACUACAUGCCGGCUCCAUUUGCCCCCAUUCUCUCCGAGAAGGUGGGGCCCACAGUUUACAUGGCGGGCCGGCCGAGGAGGGGCCAGCAGAGGAGAGGGAGGCAGCAAAGGAGGGACUUCCAGCGGGACAUCCUCCCGGGCCUUGCCUCAUUGUCGAGGCAAGAGGUGACUGAGGACAUCCAGAUGUUGGGUGGGCUCAUGCGGGCCACGGGCCACCACUGGUCACCGGGCCAAACCAAGAGGAAUGGUGGGCCCAGGGGCAGACGGCGUACCCAUGCAGCUGAGGAGCAGCUUGUUGAUAGGGUUGAAGGCAGAUUGGAGGAUCGAAGCAUAACGGGAUGGGGGAAGAAAACGAGGCGGCCCAGACGGCAGAGGUGCCAGCUGGCGGGUAAUAGUAGCAAUAGCAACUGUAGUAAUAAUCCUCCGGCAGUCCGGCUGUUGCAUUAA